AUGUCUUCAUUCGAAUCAUCAUCAUCAUCGAUGAAUAUACCUCCACAAACGAAAAGUGAUUAUGAAAAUGCAGAAGAAGAAAAACAAGAAGCUUCAGAUGUACGUCAUCUGGAAGAAAUGGGUUAUAAGCAAGAACUUCAUCGUGGUUUUUCUUCAUUUAUGUCAUUUGCAUUUUGUUUCACAUCAACUAGUGUUGUAGUAUCAAUUGCACUAAGUUUUGAUUAUACAUUAAAAACAGGAGGAUCAGGUGUGGCUGUUUGGUCAUGGAUGAUUGGAUCCUUAUUUACUAUACUUGUUGCUUAUUCUUUGGCUGAAAUCUGUUCAGUUUAUCCAAAUGCUGGAUCAGUUUAUCAUUGGUCUGGUCAACUUGCAUCUGCUGAUAGUGCUCCAUUAAUAUCAUAUUUUUGUGGAUGGUUAAGUUUUGUUGGAAAUGUCACUGGUGAUGCAUCAUAUUGUUCUGGCUUUGUAAGUAUUUUAAAUGCUGUAAUUAUGCUCCAUGAUAAACCAUCAUUAAGUACAACUGAUCAAGUCCUAAUAAGUAUUAUUGUUUUAUUUACAUGGAGUGCUAUAAAUACACUUCGUAUUAAUCAACAAGGAUGGAUAAAUAAUUUAUCAGCUAUUUUUCAGCUAAGUGCAACAUUAAUUAUUGUUAUUGUUCUGUUUAUUAUGACUCCAAAACAUGCAACUGUUCAUGAUGUCUUUUUUUCUACUUAUAAUGGUACGGGUUUACCAUUUGUUUAUGUGUGUUGUAUUAGUAUUCUUUCCACUCUUUUUUCGUUAUCUGGUUAUGCAGGUAGUGCUAAUUUAGCUGAAGAAACAAAAGAUGCUGGUCGAACAGCACCUAAAGAAAUAGUUUUGACAUGUAUCUGUAGUGCUAUUGCUGGAUUUGUUUAUUUACUUGCUGUUCUUUUUACUAUUCCAAAUAUUGCACAAUUUGUUAAAGACAAUGAAGAGAAUGAGAAUGAAAAUGGUGACACAUUAGAUGAUACUGUGGCUACUUUUAAACUAGCUCUAUCAUAUCAUGGUACAUUAAUAUUAACUAUUCUUCUUCUCAUUAGUUUUUAUUUUGCUGGUGUGGCAUCUAUUACAUCAACAACUCGACUUUAUUUUUCAUUGGCUCGAGAUGGUAUUUUUCCAUUAUCACAUUAUUUUCGUUGGAUCUAUGAAGGAACCAAAGCUCCAUUAGCUGCUAUUAUAAGUGUAUUUGUGAUAAAUUCUAUUCUUUUGUUAUUUCAACUCAUAUCAACAACAGCUUUUUAUGCUUUUAUUACUCUUUCAACAAGUAGUUUACAAAUAUCUUAUUUAAUCCCAGUUUUAUUACGAUGUACAACAGCACGAAAAACAUUUGUAUUAGGUGAAUUUAAUUUAGGUAAAUUAAGUAUUCCAAUAGCAAUUAUUUCAUCGAUAUGGUUAACAAUUACAUCAAUUAUUUUAUGUCUUCCACAAGAAUAUCCAAUGACAUGGACAAAUAUGAAUUAUUCUAUUGUAGCUAUUGUUGGAGUUUUAUUUCUUGCUGGAAUCUAUUGGUUUGUUUCUGCUCGUUAUUGGUUUACUGGUCCUAAAAGAACUGAUUUCGAUACAACUCCAUUAUUAUCAGGACACGUCAUAAAUGAAAAUGGUGCAUCGAGAAUAAGUUCACCGGCUAAACAUAUUUAA